GUCCACUCUACUUCUCCGUGUGUGUAUUUUGGACAAAACAUCCAUUUGUCAACGGCUAUGAAGCCCAUCUUGAGCUGCCACUCUGUAGAUUCAAGAGAACAAGAUGCAACGCGCUCGCGGCGGUUGUAUGAGCUGUCGGCGGCGGAAACGAAAGUGUGACCGCCGCCGUCCAUUUUGCGAAGCCUGUACCCAACGAGGGAUCCAAUGCCCUGGAUACUCAACGCCCCUGCGCUGGGUGGAUGGUGCUGCGAAUCACUCCUCUGCCGGCGAAGGUAGUAGCAAUGCUGCUAGCACUCCAGCCGAAUCCAACACCCUCGCAAGUCAGAUCGCACUCCCGAAUCGCCCCAGCCCUCAGGUGCAGACGACACACGUUACGGAUGAGCUUUUCCAUAAGUGUAUGUCACAACUGCGCCUGUUCUCAGGAGUGACGCUUACAGUUCUCCGCACAGGCCUCAUGAGCCUCUACAGCACAUCAGUAUGCUCAUGGGUCCAACCAUUCUUCGUUGAGAUGUCUGCCAAGAGCAAAUCUCUUGUACUGCUAUCUUCCGCCAUCCAAGCCUAUCUCGAUGAAGGUAGUUCGGACAUGUCUGUCUCCUCAAUGGAGUACAUUGACACUGCUCUGAAGGAGUUUCGGCGCGAAAUCGUGGCCCAUUACGAUGUUAUGCCGGCUGCCACAGCAUGCUCUGGCGCACUGCUGUGUGUUCUUCAAUUCCUUCAAGCUCAACCGUGUACCCUCGUCAUUGGACUACUCGCCGAAACCUUCCAUCUGAAUGCUCCUAUGACAUAUCUCAAUCCCAAUCCCGAGCAUGACCUCUCAGUACGGCAUGCCUUGGAGUUUAUCGGUCUCAUGGACAUGCCAUGUCUCGUACUGGGAAGAAAGUGUCCCUCUCUUAGUAUUUGGAGACGCUUCCGGCAAGUUCAAGACUCCUGGAAAGGGGGAAGGGUGAAGGCCUUGGAAGUCGUCACGGGUGUGCCGCACUCCCUCCUCGACAUCUUCGCAGAUACACCAUUCGAGACGGCCGAGGUCUCUAUCAGUCGGUUUUGGGGAUGGCCAGGUGAAAUGGGUGAGUACGUUCAAUGCUUGCUGUGGGAUUGUUGGCGGUUUGCCGGCAUGCUUCACAUCCGCAGACGCGAGCAACGUAUCAUACACACUACACGGAAAGAUGGCCAAUUCGUCGGUGAUGAUCAACAGGACGCGUCACCGAGUUCAGAAAUUGUCUUGUACCGUCUGGUAUCAGGACUUCACCUUUUUGUUGUGGCAUGUCAGCUGCCCGAGAAUCAGCAUCUGUUGUGUCGCAAUGGCAUCGUAUUCCCUCUGAUAACGGCAUGUCUCGAAACUCGACUCCUUAAGCGGCAUCCUGACUGGAAACAAACUGUGGAUAAUGUACUCUCGGCUGCUAAGAAACGAUAUCUCUUUCAAUUAGCAAGAUCUACAUGGGACUUGCUUGAUGAAGCUUGGAAGGAUGGUACGAUGGGGUUCGACCUUGACCAAGCAGCGUCACGCAGAGGCCAGGAGGUAUCAUUACUGUAG